AUGAGCCAAGAAAAAGAUCGAUUCUCUUACCUUAAAAAAAGCAAACCAGACCUCCUAGACCAAACCUUUUGGAUGCUCUUUCUCAAAAGAGAGAUCAUAUAUAUACACACACUACUUGUUGGGUGAAAACUUCAAUAAAAGUCUCAAAGAAAAGAGAAUGCAGCAUCCCAUGGAAAACAACGACAGAUGUAGCACCCAAAAUCGUUGUUACAUUGAUUUUGAACCUUAUUGCAAGUGGCGAAGAAACGAAAAGAUCAAACGAGAUAAUUCAAGAGACGGGAAGAUCAAACAAGAUUUAGGAGACAUUCUUGAGAUCCAUCUCCAUGGAUUCAAAAGGAAACAACUGAAGGCCUCAGUUCAUGGGAAAACCUUGAAACUCACCGGAGAAACCGAACUGGAUGAGAAUACAUGGAGAAGAUUUUCUAAAGAAGUCGAUAUUUCCAAGGAUUAUCAGACAGACAAGAUAAAAGCAAAGUUUUCUCGUGGUGUUCUUUCCUUGACAAUGCCUAAGAAAGUUCCUUUGUUGAGGCAGGCAUUGGAACAGCUUGGCCAAGAGGGUUUCCUUUGGAAGAUGGAAAUGAGCAUGAAGAAGUUGGUGACAAUAGCAUUAGCAGUCUUUCUUGGGAUGGCUGUUGCUUAUCUUGUUUCCAGCUUUUCUUCUCGCCAACGUGUUUAAGGUUUGGCUGAUAAUAGCCAUUUCAAUGCUCAACCGAACAUUUUAUUAUAUUGUAUGUACAAAAUA